UAGUGCAUUGACAAUUCUCAUCUUUUUGACACCAUGCUGGUAUUACAUGUUCAUACAUAUGGAGAACCAUGUGAAUUUGAACUCAAGAAACAUCGUGUCCCAAUUGCAAUCAGAAAUUAAGCACUCAGCUGAACUGUUAAACCCUAUGAAAUCAUCAUCAACCAAUUUAGCAAGAUUUCUGAAUUCAACCCUUGAUACAACUUAUAUCUCCUUCUCUGAUAUUGAACGGAAGGUAGCUCCGUCAUUGUUUCAAGCAUUUGAGACAGUUCCAUACCUAGCUGAAAUCUCAUACGUAGGGACGGAAGGUCUCUUUUUCUCUUACUACACUGAUCAUGAUCGAGCUCUAGCUAUGUACUCUAACUUAUCAUCUAGUUGGGGUGCCUCAAACAAAACCUAUAUUCAACCUGUGAAUCGUGAAACUGGAGAGGUUUAUGGGGAAGUCUUAGACAUAAUAUCUAACCCUUUUCUGAAUGCAAGUUGGAUUGAGGAAGGAAUUGAUGAGUCAAAUGGGUUUGCUUCAUUGGGAACCAAGUGGGACAAUGAUGAUGUUCUUUUGUUUCUCAGUUCAGCUAGAAUCACGAGUAAAGGAGUGAUCUCUAUGGGGUUUUCAGCAAAAGCUAUAUCUGAUUUUGUCACUCGCAUUGACCAACAAGGCGUGAGAUCUUAUUUGGCCACCAAAGAUGGAAAUGUUCUUGUGCAAGGCUUUCAACAUACCCACUUCGUCGACUUUUAUAAUGAUACAGUUUUCUUCAAAUCACUGAAUGCAAAUGACGAUCUCACGAGUAAUGACGCCACUCUCUCGUGCAAGGAUGAAGCUGCUACUUCUAGUUUGAAUAUUUGGGAUACUAAAUAUUUAGUUAAAUGCUACACCAUGGAUAUAAUGGGAAUAGAAUCGGUGUAUGUCUUGGCUUUCCCACAAAAAGGAUUUGCGAGCUUUGAUCUCAAUUACAAGAAAGAGGGAUUGAUAUUAUUUGUAGCAACGAUGGUCACUGCAUUUAUUGCUUUGUUCAGUUUUCUAUGCAUAACCUGCAAAGCCAUGAGGCGAGACAUGCAUUUGUGUGCCUCACUCAUCGAAAAGUCGGAAGCGACCCAACGAGCUGAGAAAAAGAAUAAGAAUAAGAGCAAUGCUCUUGCAAGUGCAAGCCAUGAUGUUCGUGCUUCUCUCGCAGGCAUCACCGGCUUGAUAGAUAUUUCUUAUGAGUUAGUGGUCCCCGGUUCAGAAUUGGAGACCAAUUUGAAACAAAUGAGUAGUUGUACCCAUGACUUACUAGGACUGUUGAAUUCUAUACUUGACACAAGCAAAAUAGAGUCAGGGAAAAUGCCUCUUGAGGAAGAGGAGUUUAAUGUGUUCCUUCUCCUAGAAGAUGUGGUUGACUUUUACUAUCCCGUGGCUAUGAAGAAAGGUGUAGAUAUUGUAUUGGACCCUUGUGAUGGUUCUGUUAUGAGAUAUUCACGCGUGAAAGGUGACAGGGGAAAACUGAAACAAGUUUUGAGUAAUUUGCUGAGCAAUGCUGUUAAAUUUACUAAUGAGGGGCACAUAGCGGUUCGUGCAUGGACUAAGAAGCCAAGAUUGCAGAACUCAACAGUCACUUGUAGCCAAUGGAGUUUCAAGAAAUAUUUAUCACACUUAUUUCGUAACAAAAAGGAAGCACGCGGUGACAUGGAAACCCUGCAUUCAGUCCGAGAAGAACCACGUUUCAUGGAUUUUAUAUUUGACGUGGAUGACACGGGAAAAGGAAUUCCUAAAGAGAAUUACAAGUCUGUGUUCGAGGAUUAUGUCCAAGUUAAAGAAACUGCUUUGGGCCAAGGAGGAACUGGCUUGGGACUUGGGAUUGUGCAGAGCUUGGUGUGUUUGAUGCAUGGAGAUAUUGAAAUUAUAGAGAAGGAUACCGGUGAAAAAGGAACAUGUUUCAGGUUCAAUGUGCUUCUUACAUGUGAGAAUGAGACAAUGAUCGAUGGUAGCACAAUGGAUGAUAUUGAGUGUGGAUCAAGAGACAAAAUCCAAGCUCAGGAGCAAACAAUGCAUGCUACGAGUUCUAGCUUUAGAGCAUGUUCCAUGAGUCCUAGGUUACAUAUUUUUAGCUCUAGUCCUAAGCCUGAGCCUUCUCUCGUGGUUCUUUUCAUCAUUGACAAGGAGCGUCUAAGGACAUUACAAAGGUUCAUGGAGAGGAUAGGGAUCAAAGUUAAAGUUGUAAAUUCAGAGCAAGAUUUGUUGGAUACUCUUAAGAAGAUCAAGCAAAAGCAUCAAUAUUCUGAUGAGUCUUCAGAUUUGAGUUCUCAAUCAACAUCUCAUAAUUCUCCUGUUAUAUCCACAAGAGUUCCUUUGAGUUCUAUGGAUGUAAUUGAGAACAUGCCUUUAGUUUUCAAGAAGACAGAUAUUGGAGCUACCCCUGGCUUCAUCCUUAUUGUGAUUGAUUCUCUUGCACCACAAUUUGUUGAGCUUUACAAGAUUGUAUCUAGCUUCAAAAGAGAGUUCUGCAACACCUGUAAGGUGGUUUUGUUGGACAAGCCUUUUGCGCGUAAUACCAACUUCAAUGUCAUUGAUCAAAAUGACAUUGUUAUAUCCAAACCAUUUCAUGGUAGUCGUUUGUUUCAUACCAUAAAGCUUCUUCCUGAAUUUGGUGGGGAGUGCCAAUUGAGUUCUACUAAGGGUAAGAGGAAAAUUACUAGUGAGAGAAAUUCAUUGAGGACUUGUGAGGAUUCAAGCAUGUCAAAAUACAGGUCUCCAACAAAUAAUGGAAGCACAUUUCAAAGUGGUGAACAAAUUUGGAAGGGAAGUCGACUUAAGGAAAUACGAAGUCAUGUUUAUCAAGGAGAAAUACAAGAAUGUGGGGACUCAUCAGGGUGUAAGAAACCCUUGAGUGGUAAGAAGUUUUUGGUUGCUGAGGACUCUGAUUUGUUACGCAAGUUAGCUUCAGUUACUUUGAUUUCUCUUGGUGCAACUAUUGAGCAGUGUGAGAAUGGUCAACAAGCUGUUCAACUAGUGCGUGAAGCUCUAUCUCGGAAUUUUUCUAAUCCUCCUUAUGAUUACAUCUUAAUGGAUUGUCAGAUGCCAGUAGUGGAUGGGCUUGAAGCAACAAAGGAGAUACGAAAGAUGGAGAAACGGUAUGGUGUCCACAUUCCUAUCAUUGCAUUGACUGCAUGCACUGAAAAAAUGGCGGUAGAGACUGGAAUAGACUAUCAUAUAGUCAAGCCAAUUAAGAGAGAGCUUUUACUUGAAGCCAUCAAAUGUAUACAUGCCAAUACCUCAUAAAUGCCUGAAUAUUUUUGCACAUUUUAAUG